AGUGCAGACAACCUACGAUUCAUUAAGUCAAGAAAUGGCCGACUCCGCCGCACCAGCACCUGCGAAAAAGGCUUCCAAGGCAAAGCCGAAGGGGCCAGCAACUCACCCUCCGGUAGCCGAGAUGGUUAACGCCGCAAUCGCCGCGUUGAAAGAGCGCGGGGGUUCUUCUCUCCAGGCAAUUAAGAAGUACGUUUCUGCUCACUACAAAGUGGACAUGGUCAGAAUCGCCCCGUUUAUCAAGAAGUACCUGAAGAGCGCCGCAGCCGACGGCAAGCUCGUGCAGACCAAGGGGAAAGGGGCCGCCGGUUCAUUCAAACUGGGAGCUGCCGCGAAGAAGCCAGCCGCUGCCAAGGUCAAGAAGCCCAAGGUUGCCAAAAAACCUAAGGCUGAGAAAGCAAAGAAAGUCAAGAAGGUCAAGACGCCGAAAAAGGCCGCUAAGAAACCAGCGGGUGAGAAGAAGGCAGCUAAGGUGAAGAAGGCCAAGUCUCCAAAGAAAGCCAAGGCUGCAAAACCCAAGUCUACCCCGAAGAAGGCAAAGUCCCCCAAAAAAGCUGCCAAGAAGGCCGCUAAACCGAAGGCGAAGAAGUCUCCCAAAAAAGCUGCCAAGUAAU